CUCUCUUGACUUCAGUGUAGUGGAAAGCAUGACUACUUGGCACCGGGCGUUAGAGUGAGAAGGUAAAGGCCUUUGACAGUUUUGCGUCGGGAAUGCUUCUGAGGCUUCCCCGACCGCGUGUUCUAUUUCCUAUCUCUAGGGUCUCCGCUUGAACUUCCGAUUGAAAACGGAAAUCCGCUGCUGGCCGAGUUCCGAUUCACUGGGAGGCCUAGUGAGGCCGCUCUAGGCUGUGGCCUCUCUGUGGUGAGAGCCCUCUGGCCAAUCCUUUGCUCUGGUUUAAUAGCUCAGACUUGAGUAUUAGCGCUCAGAUAUUCAGAGGUGCCAGUAAAGGCCUUAUGAGAAGACUAAAUACUCCCGGGGGGAGCUAGCAUUCUCAGCAAGGGUUGGAAUAAAUGCAGGGAGGCCAGGAACCAGUUUGCUGGGAGGAGGGGUAAAAGUUUUGGGGGGGGAGGGGGGAGAAGAUAGAGGUCCACCACGACCCAGAGCCAUGGCGCAGCAUCCCUUGCUAGAUUCCCUACAGUGGGCCAUCCCAGAGGGCCAGGGGUGCCUCGAGUACCCCCCAGCAGAGCAGGUUCUCUCCCAAUUCUUGCAGCUUUUUGCAAGCAGGGGAGCCAGCAGUGAUGCCAAGGCAGGCAUGAUCAAAGACCUCCUGGCCAUCUUGGAGGCUGUAGACUGCCAGUGGCUCUUUGGGAGCUGCCACCAGAAUGCCACCCCCACCCUGCUUCGUGACCUGGUGGUUGCGCUCACGCUCUAUGCGGGACCACCCCAGCAGGAGCCAGAGGGAGGAGGUCUCCCCAGCAGUGACCCCUCCUAUGCUGCGGUAGCCAGCCGAGCAGCAGACGUCAGCCUGGGCUUCAUCAGCAUCGUGGCCAAAGUGGAAUCGGCUAAAGGCCUCGAGAGACUUGGUACUGCAGUGGUUGGUCCCGUCUUGCGCCAAGUGGCAGGGCCCUUGUAUCUUUUUGCUGUGACACAUGUUGCAGAGAGGUUGUGGACCACACAAAAAACUCGGCGCGUGGCUCAAGAGCUGCUGGAUGGUCUCCUUCAGGCUUCAGACUGCCGGUCGGUACCUGAGUUCCUGAGAGGCGCACGUGAAGACGAAACAGGGUGGUUGGCGGUGGUGAUGCAGUGCCUGAAACCAGAGUUGACCAAAGAUACAUGGCAGCGCAGCCCAGCUACAAAGCAUGUCUUCUCCUACACGCUCCAACAUGUCACAAGGCCCUGGCUUGGCCCUCACUUGGAGAAAGUCCUGCCGCCGUCGCUGCUGCUGUCGGACGACUACCGAGAGGAAAAUAAAAUCUUGGGAGUGCAGUGCCUACACCAUAUCAUUCGGAAUGUGCCAGCGGCUGACCUCUGCCAGUAUAACAGGGUGCAGGUUGUUUACCAUGCCCUUUUCAACCACCUUUAUAGCAAGGACGCCCGGCUCAUACAGGUUGUGUUGCUGUGCUUGCUGGACUUGCUUCCCAUCCUGGAGAAGGCCCUGCAGCGGCUGCCCCACAACCCCCAGCUUGGCGCGCCUUCUGAUGAGGUGCUCCAGCUGGUCCUGACCCACAUGGAGCCGGAGCACCGGCUCCCCUUACGGAGGGUGUAUGCCAGGAACCUGCCCGCCUUUGUGGAGAGGCUCGGCAUUCAGAUAGCUCGUCAUCUGAAGAGGUUGCAGCGGGUGAUUGUGGGAUACCUGGAGGUCUCUGAUGGUCCCGACGAAACGGCUAGAUUGGCGACAUUAGAAACCUUGAAACACACCAUACAGCAUGCCUGGCCCAGAAUGUCCUGCCGCCUUGCUGUCCUUCUCAAGGCUUUGCUGAGAAUGAUGUUGGAUGUGGCUACAGACAGGAGCUUAACACCAGAACCAGUGAAAGCAGAGUUACUCCAGAAAGCCACUGAGUGCCUUAUCUUACUGGAUCACGCUUCUCACGGACAGGUGAAGGUCCUACUACAAGGAGUCCGACGCAGCUGUCAAGAUGAGUCCCUCAAGGAAUGCCUAAGAAAAGUAGAGGAGGAGCCUGUAAAAAGUAUCACUCCCUGAUCUCAAGUGGGGAGGAUUAUAUUCACUGUGUUCAAAGUU